AUGUUGUGCAAUGUGUACCUGUCAUGAGAACGUCGUCUGCUACAUGAGUAAAUAAAUGUUAUUUUCAAAGUGUUUUAAUGAGAGUGAAUUUAAGUAAUUAUGAAAUAUAACCUGAUUAUACGAACCAGCACUGCAAAACUAAUUAACAAUGUUAUUAUUAAUCAAAUUUCCCGAACGUAUGCGUCGGCUGGUUUGGGUUUGUGGGAUAAAAUAAUCGAUACAGACAUAAAACACAAAAUUGAGGACUACUGGAAGGAAAAAGUAAAUUCAGUGAGUCAAACUCAAAAUGAUAAGGAGAAAGAAAAAUUUUACGUACUCUCAAUGUUUCCAUAUCCAUCAGGUUCCCUUCACAUGGGUCACGUUCGAGUUUACGCAAUUAGUGAUUCCGUUGCUCGAUUUCAUAGACUAAAUGGAAAACGAGUUAUACAUCCAAUGGGUUGGGACGCAUUUGGAUUGCCCGCCGAAAAUGCAGCAAUCGAAAGACAAAUUGAUCCGGCAGAGUGGACAAAUCAAAAUAUUGAUUCAAUGCGAGAGCAAUUAAAAAAAUUAGGCUGUUUAUUUGAUUGGGAGAGGGAAUUUGCCACUUGCGAUCCAGAAUAUUAUAAAUGGACACAGGAACUUUUCAUAAAACUCUUUGAGAAAGACCUCGUCUAUCAGAGUGAAUCCUACGUGAAUUGGGAUCCUGUCGAUCAAACCGUGUUAGCCGAUGAACAAGUCGACGAGAACAAUCGUUCCUGGCGAUCAGGAGCAAAAGUCGAAAAGAAACUUCUCAGACAAUGGUUCAUUAAGACAACAGCUUUUUCCAAACAAUUAUUAGAAGGCUUGAAAGAUCCCAUUUUAAAGGAAUGGCGGGAUAUUAUAAAAGUUCAACAACACUGGAUUGGCGAAUGUAACGGUACAAAUAUAAAAUUUGAAUUAAUUUCCAAAAUUGAAGACUAUCCGAAAAUUCUCACCCUUUGGACGGAUAAACCCGAAUUUAUCAAAAAUGCGAAAUUCCUAGCAAUUUCCAAGAAUAAUUUACUUAGUAAACAAGUGGAAUUUGAAGGAGACGAUGGUUAUAAGCUUUUAGAUGCUAAAAUUAUCAAUCCUUUUACAAAAGAAGAAUUACCGAUUUUUGUUACGAAUUUGAUUAAUUUUUCGUCAAGAGAUGAUCAUUUGGGAAUUCCCAUGGCGUCUGAUGAAGAUGCAGAAUUUUGUAAUACUGUUGGAAUUCAGUAUGAGACUAAUAAGGAAAGCAGCAAUGAGGAGAGAGAAUUGAAGAGAGAGGAAAUAAUGACCGAGGCUAGAAAUUUAAAAAUUGGAGGAUAUCCCGUGAGUGAGCGUAUUAAAGAUUGGCUGAUUUCCAGACAACGCUAUUGGGGAACUCCAAUUCCAAUUGUUCAUUGUGACAGUUGCGGUCCUCAACCAGUAGCCAGGAAUGAGCUUCCAGUUGUUUUACCGAAAGUCAAUUGCUCUUCGAACGAGAGAAAAGCAUCUCUUUCCGAAGCUACCGAAUGGCUGAAAACCUCUUGUCCAAAUUGUGGCAAAAACGCUGUGCGAGAAGCCGAUACAAUGGACACAUUUGUCGAUAGUUCCUGGUAUUUUAUUAGAUUUAUUGAUCCGAAAAAUCGAAAAGAAAUGUUUUCACAGGAGAAAGCUGGGGAAAAUUUACCUGUUGAUCUCUAUAUUGGCGGCAAGGAACACGCUGCAUUGCAUUUAUAUUACGCUCGUUUUAUAAAUCAUUUUCUCCAUUCGGAGGGUCUUGUUCCGACUAAAGAGCCUUUUAAGCAACUUUUAGUUCAGGGAAUGGUAAAGGGUUUGUCGUUUCAAGAGAAAAAGAGUGGCAAGUACCUUAAAGCGGAUCAAGUUGAAAAAAUUGGUAAAGAUUAUUUUGAAAAGGAAACAAAACUUCCGGUUAAGAGUAAAUGGGAAAAAAUGUCAAAAUCCAAAUAUAAUGGCGUUGAUCCUUCUGAGAUGAUUUCUAAUUACAGUGCUGAUACUGUGAGAUUAUUAAUUCUUGGCGAUGUUGCUCCGACGUCUCAUCGAAAUUGGUCAACGGACACGUUUCCUGGUAUUUUAAACUGGCAGAAGAGACUUUGGUUGUUGGUGAAGGAUUUUAGAAGAUCUAGAAUUGAAUUAACUGAGGAAGAGUUAAGAACGAAUCCAGAGGAAAAGCAAUUUAAAGAUGAUGAUUACUAUAUGUUUGAUAGUAGAAAUUAUUAUAUUAAAGGAGUUACAUUUAAUAUUACUGGAUCGCAACAAUUAAGUGUCGCGAUAUCAAAAAUGCAAGGUCUUACAAACAGUUUACGAAAAGUAUCGAAAUUGUGUCUCGCAAGAAGUCCGCAAUUCGAAAGGGCAUUAGCCGUACAAUUGAUAAUGUUAGCGCCGUUAGCUCCUCAUUACGCAUCAGAAUUAUGGUCAGGUUUUUGUUCUGCUCCUCAUCGAAUGUCAAACGACGAAUCAAUACAAUGGGACAAAGAUGUUCUUGAACAAAGUUGGCCACAAAUUGAUAUGAAUUAUAAUAUGCGUUUGCGAGUUUUUAUGAAUAAUAGCAGUGCUGAUUUAACUUUCGUAAAAAUUGAGCGACAAGAAUUAGAAGCUCUUUCCACUGAGCAGGCAUUGGAAUUGGUAAUGAAAGAGCCAAAAGUUGUCAAUUAUUUGAAAACGAAAAAAAUAACUGAUGUCAAUUUAGAUCUUGAAUCAGGUCGCGAUGGAAUCAUCUACAUUAAGACGCAAAAAAUGGAUCAGGUAAUUGCGCAAGAAAGUGCAAUGUAAGGCAUUUAUAAAUUGUAAAUUUGUAAAUAUAUUUUUUUCUAUUACA